AUGCCGAAGAAUGUGCCUAUCGAAAGACAUGCCUCGGAGUUAUAUACACAUACGCUGUUUUUGGAGGUGCAAAAAGAGAUAUACAGAGGCAUGACAUUCUGCUAUAUUGCUUCAAAAACACCAGAACUUGAUGGGGUAAAAAUUUAUACCAUUGUUCAUACUAACAGGCAGUACAAAGAUAUUAAUGAAUUUGAGGUCAGUUUUGAUACACGUGAUAGAUCGGUUUCAUGUUCGUGUAUGGGUUAUACGCGCCUUGGCUAUUUGUGUAGGCAUGCCUUUUGCGUGUAUAGAUACAAUCAGGUUGAUGAAAUUCCCGUUCAGUAUCAACCUGGUAGAUGGAAACGAGACAUAUUGCCAAGGAGGGUUUUUAGCAUGUCGAACAGGUAUUCUGCCGAUACAGACGCGGAAUCUAAAUUAGGAACCGUGUUCUUUCGCGAAUUCCCGACCGAACCGGCGUGUAACAAGACAUCAGCUGUUAUCAGUGAACUUCUCAAACAGCCUGAAGAUAUGGAAGUCUCGAUAAAUCCGCCACAAGGCAUCCAGAACAAAGGGUGCGGUACCAACCAUCGACUCAUUGGUCCCGGGAAAAAGGCUGUUGUUAAUAGUGCUAAAACUACUAGGCUGUGUGGAAAAUGCAAGAAAUACUUUAAUGAUCUUGACUCACGUAAUUGUGAAAAAGUUCGGGCUGCCAAAGAAGCCGCGGCUGCUGCUACAAAAGCUGCUAAAGCUGGUAAUGUUGUUGUUCCAAAAGAUUCAUGUCACGUUGGUGUUGUUGAUUUGUCUAACGGUGAUACAUCUGUUGGACCAUCAUCUCGCAUUUGUACUCGGGCCACUAGAAGAUCCACUAGAAGAUCUACCCUACGUUCGUCCGACCCGCUUGAAGAGUGA